CUAACUUGUUCGUUUAUUUCCUCACCCCGGCGUAGCGAGUCACGCGUUUUUUACUGUUUUCUUCCGCCUUCAUUUUGGUUCUCCGGUAUCCUGCUAUUCCUCGGCCGACCGGCGCCGUUCCAGCACGUUUUCCCGAAGUAUCGCUUCAGAAACACUUCUCCUACGUCCACAAAACAAUUUUUGCGAUUUUCACCUCAAACUUUACUCGUAGAUAGCAGUUUGCCGGAUUCUUAGGCCUACGGAAAGUCGUGGUCUACGUUUCCUUUAGCUGCGGUAAUGUUUCCAGUGCGGUGACGACCCGAGGGGUGUGGAUUGUGGCUGGAACCUUUUUUGCUGGCUCAUCAAGGAUCGUCAGUGCCCUCGAAAUGCUGUGACGACGUUUAUCUUUAUCAUUUUGGUGGCCGCAAAAAUGUUGAGUGUCCUUGCGCUUGACCUCCUCGUAUACGUCGUGUAUGGGAGCCCCUUUAAAUUGAAACGGGUAUGACGUGUCGGCGUGAUCGCCACUUCGGCUCUGUUGUUUAUCGCUCCUAGAUUUUGACCCAUUUGGGCGUGCAUCAUCUUGCCGGCACCAGUGGGCGAGAAACUGUCGUCUGCAUUGCUGCAUUGUACGGAAAAAGUCUCCGUAGUGCUACACGCGAGCGGUGUCUGUUUUACACGCCACGCUGCGAUGUCUCUUCAGAGCCCUGAUGAAAGCAAUGGGACAUACCACUUCAAGAUACUGGUGCCUGCAGUGGCUGCAGGUGCCAUCAUUGGCAAAGGCGGCGAAACAAUUGCACUUCUUCAGAAAGAAGCAGGAGCCAGGGUGAAAAUGUCCAAGUCCAAUGACUUUUACCCAGGAACGACUGAGCGAGUCUGUCUUAUCACAGGAAGCGUAGAAGGUGUACUACGAAUUCACGAGUUUAUUAUGGAGAAAAUCAAGGAGAAACCUGACCCCAAUGCAAAGAUUGCCAUCGAUUUUGACCACAAACAACCCGCUGAACGUGAGAAGCAGGUGAAGAUCCUAGUUCCUAACAGCACAGCUGGAAUGAUCAUUGGCAAAGGGGGUAGCUACAUCAAGCAGAUCAAAGAAGAAAGCGGCGCUUACGUGCAAAUUUCGCAGAAGUCAAAGGACCACGCUCUGGCUGAACGUUGCAUCACUGUGAUUGGUGAAUUGGACAACAACAAGAAGGCCUGCCAGCUGAUUCUGGCCAAGAUUGUGGAGGACCCACAGAGCGGCAGCUGCCUGCACGUGAGCUAUGCUGAAGUGACUGGCCCCGUGGCCAACUUCAACCCCACUGGCUCUCCCUAUGCCAAUCCAUCGAGCGUGCACUCGACGGCUAAUAACAGCAACGCGAGCUACAGUUCUAAUGGAAGCCUAAACAGCCUCAGCCCGACUGCCUCUGGCAACUAUGGCAGCCCCCCGCAGGGGGCGGUGGCUCAAUUCACUGGAAUGCCCCCGAACAUGAGUGGUAGUGUGGCACAGCUGCUGGAAAACAUCAAGGCGAUGCUACGGUCCAACGGCUACACAGAGCAGGCCACUGCAGAUAUUGCGUCUGCCAUGGGGACUCUGGCAAGUUACGGCGUCCUCGGGUCGAACCUCGGAGCACUGCUGGCCGGAGUGAACGGGGCACUGCUGGCUCCUCCAAGUGGUGGACAGCUGCAGAUGGGAGGAGGGAACCAGCAGGCGGCUUACCCGGCCUCGCCAAUGGAUGCCACUCCUUCGAUGGUGACCGGAGGGUCGGGCAUCUUCGGCCCGGUCGGCAGCGUCGGGGGCGGUCAACCCAGCACUUUUGGCUCCCCCACUGUGCGCGGGGACCGCUACCACCCGGACGCGGUGUUCGACCCAUUCCGUCGCAACUCGCCCGCCCUGGGGUCUCCUGGCGCCGGUGGGGGCAGCACUCUUCCGAUAAACAACAAUUCCUUCGGGCUGGGCACGGGUCUUGGCGGCGUGCCUCCCCAGAUGUGCAAGACCCCUCCGCCGAGCGGCCCCGAGAAAGCGGCCGUGCCUUCGGACUCCAUCAAGAGGGACUUGGAAGUGGGAGAGAACAUCGUAGGGGCCAUCCUGGGCCCCGGAGGGAAAUCGCUCGUCGAGAUCCAGCGCUUCAGUGGUGCUGCCAUCCAGAUUUCAAAGAAGGGCAUCUUUGCCCCUGGGACACGCAAUCGUAUUGUGAGCAUCACGGGGUCGCCCAAUGCGGUGUCGACUGCGCAGUAUCUGAUCGAGCAGCAGAUAGCGGAGGAAGAGGCCAAACGUGCCCAGCAGAAUGCCAUGGGGGUGCUACGUUAGCUCCUUAAGUGUUUACUUUGUGUCGUCAUUGUUGAUGCAGCUAAUGGUUGUUGCCGAUUAAUCCCCGUUUUUGAGCAAAGACUGGGGGUGUGCACCUUGUUUUUUGAGAGCCUCGUUAAGAGCACGGCAGUUUGUUUUCGUGCUUGCCCUUUCCCCCUGCCCCAGUGAUUUUGAACGGAUGUUGCAACAUAGUGUUAUCGUACUGUAAUAAUAUAACAUUCUAUACAUAUGUAUAUACACGAUAUACCUCUGUGUGUGUAUAUAGAGAGGAAGGUUGCUUCCACAUCUUUUUUUCUUUUUUUAUAUUUUUGUCGAGGGAAAGGACAAGGUACGAGCACUGCUCUUGUGCUUGCAAGGACUGUUGUCGGGAAAAAACAAACUUUUGAUACGAAUAGGUUGCAACCAUGAGAGCACUCGAGAACGUGCACGACCAUCUAUCAAUGCAUUUCGAGAGUCGCAACUAGGAUGAUACAAACGUGUUUUUGUUCUCGCGCUACCAUCCGGUGUUUGUCACGCCUGCAUUUCCAUACAAAGCACCUUCGCCAACUUUUCUCUCGUCCCCGGAUGUCUCGUAGUGAGAGACAUCAUUAGGGCAGUGCUCACUUCACUUUGUCUCUUACCCUGGACAAACUGUGGGGCGUCACAUCAUCUUUCCUGCGAGGAACUGCAACAUAUGUUCAACAUCGUGUGUCUCCAUUCUACGUUUUUUGUGGGAGGAGUAGCUAUCCCAGAAAAACGCGUGGAUCAGAAUCUUUUACAUAUCUCGAUCAUGUCGCUGCUUCAGUUAUUCUGCACGUGUUGGUGACUUUUCUACCACGUAGUUAGCUCUUUCAUGUUGAUUGCUUUCUUUCCAGUAGUUCUUUGAGUUACACAAUCCCCUUGUUGCAUAUCUCACGCUUUUUUUUUUUUAAAUCUAAGCAUGCACAUACAGACAUAUAACACGUAUGAUGCGUUCUCUUCCAUCUGCGUCAUGUUUGGAAGAUCUCAGACUGUCAUUCUUUUAAUAAAACUGGUAUGCCGCAGCUGGUUUAUGGAAGAGCGAGGGAGUAACACUCGCUGGGGGUCUAGGAUAGUGGGCCUCUCUUCAUCGCAGCGCUUGGUUCGGAAUCAUUAUUGCAUAUUUAUUACUCUAGCCUGUUCCAAGCACAAAUCUAUGCAACAUAGCAUUUCAUAUUGAUUUCAGUAACACCCUCAGUUAAAUGUUUCAUUAAAGUGCGGCCUGAAGGGGCUGAAAAUAACGGACCGUGACAAAUUGGUUACGCUGUUUCUUUCAUUACUGGAUGAAUAAGACUACAGCUCCGUCACACAGCAGUGGAAGGAGGGGUUAGCAUGUUUGUCCGCUUCCCGGAGCAGUUAGUGUGCUGAAAAUUUCGCCAAGGAUCUCUCGCAAGCCCCCAGAGAAUGAAUUUACAUCUUGACCGAUUUGCAAAACUACUGUGGCCACAUUUUUGCCCUUGUCUUCCUUCAAAUGCUUGAAUAUCAUGAUGCAGGUGUACUCGCUAGGUGUAUCAAAGAAACUUCUUUGUCUACAACAGAAACCUUUUUUUUUUUCGUUACUGCUGACAGUGUUUUUUUGUGUUGCAUAACAUCUAUUUAUUUGAUACUGUUUAUUCUUUAUCUGUUGUGUGAUACUGUCUGCCUCGGUGCAGCCUGUUCCUGGACACUGGAUGUGCGAUUUUGCAUUCUUGGAGCUGCACUUAGGAGCGCGUGUGGCAGCCUCUGCUGCUACCUGUAUCCGCAUGCUCUGCGAUUAUAAUGUAACUCUUUCUAGGGAAAGAACACAUCGUGCGACGUGGUUGAAUUAGUUACAGGAGUUUAGUACAGCCUUUUUUUCUCUACUUUUCUGUUUGGAGGGACUCUUACACGUGUGUAUAUAUAAUAACUAGUGUGUAAUUGAAAGCGAGGUGCUUGCAAGAGUGAAUUUUUUUAGGGCCUAUUGAUUGUUGCACACUGCUGUGGCAUAACGUUUGUAGGAAUAUUCUAAUUGACAUAUUGGGUGAGAGGGUCAUGUAUGGCUUUUUUUGUGAUGUAUAUCUUGCCUGUUGACGUUGUGCCAGGUCUGAGCUUUUUGGAAACCAAUUUGGAAGUGCAAUCGUUUGCAUUUGCUGCAUGUGGUACUUAAGGAACAAGUCUUGCGUGGAUUCAGCGCGUUUCUCCUCUUGCGUGUCGCUCGCCAGUGUAACUGUUUUACCGCAAAUGCACACGACCUGACGCUCAUUUCAAGUCGUAUUUAUUGAAGCAUUGAAUCACUGCAUCUGGGCGACAAAUGUGUGGGUACUUUAGGGGGGGAGGGGGGGUUGUCACGAGUAAUAGUACUUGCUGGGUAUCAAGCCGUGCAACAUAGUCAGGUCUCUCGCUUGUGCCGAUAUCCUGUGAUCUUUUCUCCCCUGUGGUGAAGGCAGAGACAUUCCAGCUGUAUUCGAGUUUCGUGAACAAGUCUCAGAACCGUUAUGAUCACUGUGAGCACUUUUUAUUUUAUCUAGUCUCAGAUAGUCUCAACAUACGUACUAUUACUGCUACUCAGAUUGCAAACCAUUGCCAUGAACUAUUCUUCCACGCAUACUUUCACUACGGAUAGUCUCAUAAACUUCGCUGCUCUAGAUUUUUUUUGUCAGCCUUCAAUAAAAAAAAGCAAAUCGACGGCUAGAAGUUGGCAAAGUUUCAGCAGAGGUGAUUGCACAGUGUUGCUUCAUUAUUUCUAGUUUUUUUUUUUUUUUCGCAUUGAGUAAUAUCAUUUUUGUGCACGUGUGAGAGAUCUGGUGUCUUGUAUAUUUUCUCCAAUUGCCUCAAAGCCGUGUUAGACACUGCGUGCGUGCGUGUGUGUGUGUAUGCAUUUCACAUUAUAGGUAGGUAGGAUAGUAUAGUGUUAUUAAGGAUGGUACAACCCAACAUUCAGUUGCUUCAGAAAAGUGAGAAAAAAAGUUGACACUUCUUUUUUAUGCCCACUUAGUUGCUUUCCGUGCCUUUUCGAAAGCAUGCCAUUGAGAUACGAAGCUUUGAUGCCUAGCGGGUUCAGUUAAUUUUUAGAUACUAUUGUUGUGUAACUGUUGUACCACUGCUGGAAAACUUAAUAAAAAUGCAUCAACGUUGAAAGUGGGAAGCACUUUUUGCUAUUGUGUGUGCUGCGUGUUUUUCGGUAACUCUCUUUACCAUACUCACUGUAUAGUGAUUCCGUCGUGGUGCCGGGAGUGUGUGCACAUAAAUGUGUGAUGGUAAAGUUAAAAUUAUAUUUUGCGUCAACCCAAAACAAAGCUAUUGCACUUGUUAUCCUGUCUCUGUGCGUUGAUUUUGGUGUCAAGGUUCCCAUACAAAGAUCAAAUAUACUUGCAUGCCUUGUAAUGCCUACAAGGCACUGUAAGUAAUCCCAAACACAAAGAUUAUGCACUUUGAUAGAGUAACUCCUAAUACACGUACUUUCAUCUCUUGCAUCUUUCAUACAAGAUGGCGAGAGUGCUGUAGGUCUCCGACACUGAGGUGUAUACCUGAGUAGCACACAGAUAUGUGAUACCAAAGUACCAAACAUGUAUUUGAAGGUACAAAGCAUUUGAUUCACACAUUGUGGUUACAUAUAUCACGUUCUUGAAUGGUGGACAGGGGCUGUGUGAAUUCUGCAUGUGCGAUAGUGAAUGUUUGAGCAUCUUUCAGGUGUCUGUUAGUGUGCGUAAAUUGUUGCACAAAUUCAUUUGCCAGGUGAGAAAGACAUCCUCUCACCCACGUGCUUAUUUUCUGCUUUGGGCAAGGACGACCUUACGUGCUGUUGCACAAUGCAGCGCUGUGACUGUACAGAUGUUUUCCUCAUAAUGUGACUGAUGUGUUUUCACAAUUAUUGCAAAUAAAACUAGAUAAAAUUACAA